GCUGCAGUUGAUCCACGCACAGCGGAAUUCUUCACGGAAGGUAGAGAAUGUGUUAAUUGCGGCGCAAUUGAUACUCCUUUGUGGCGCAGAGACGGCACAGGCCACUAUCUUUGCAAUGCGUGUGGCCUAUACCACAAGAUGAAUGGCAUGAACCGGCCUCUUGUGAAGCAGCCUCGUAGAUUGUCUGCUUCUCGACGAGCUGGCUUGACCUGCACCAACUGCCAUACAAGUACUACAUCACUUUGGAGAAGAAAUGCAUUAGGGGAACCAGUUUGUAAUGCUUGCGGACUCUAUUACAAAUUGCACUCAGUCAACAGACCUCUAUCGAUGAAAAAAGAUAGUAUACAGACGCGUAAACGAAAACCAAAAGGAAGUAAAGAGUCUAAUGCUAGUAGCGCGCACAUUCCAAGAAACAUCAACACAUUACUACCAGGCAUAAAAAUGGAAGACGUUGGAGUCAAAAUUGAACAUACAACAUUAGAUAACUAUGGUGAGCUAAAAACAGUAUCAUCGCUUAACCAACUUCAGCAUUCUUCUAGCUACGGUUAUGCCACUCAAACCCACCAAAGAUUGAGCCCUUCAUACACCGCUCAAUCCUCUCCACAAUUAUCUUCACAAUCACAUUACUAUGACACUAUGCUUCAACAACCAAGCCCCAGUCCUCCAUCGGAUGAGUCAAAUAGCUCUAUUAACAACAAUAAUAUAAGUAAUAACAAUAAUACCAAAGUUAUUAUUAACGGAGACCACUGCGACAGACCCACGGUAGUGUCGCUCUCAUCAUAA